UGAAUUUUUAAACUUUAAUUUCAUUGUUUUUGUUUCGCUUUCGGUUCGCUUUUUUUAUGCUGUCCUUUGGUGGUGUAUUGUGACCUUUUUUUAGAAUUGGCAAGUGUGUCAAAAUUGUUGUUGUUCUGCUAAGCGCGCUAUCUCACAUCCACUGAAAAGCAUUGCUGCUUCGAAAUCCUUUCUCACGUUUCAGAAACUUUAUAUUUUUCCAAAAUUAUAAUAAAAAUUGACUAGUGUCCCUAUCUUUUGAGGAUUGCUUCUAAUGGACCAAAGUUCUUGAUGCGGAACUUCAACUCAAAACAAGAUACCUGCAUUCUGUGGCCGAUGGCAACAUCACAUUUGCUGGAUGAAUAUAUGCUACUUACCAAAGAUAUCUUUAGUAUUAAGAAUUUAAUUCUCAAUUCUCAAUUAUGGAUUCAACUAUUAAUAAAAGCCGAGAAAAUGUGGACAUUAAUGACUCAAAUAUUAAGCGAACACUAUACGAAGCUGAAGUUAAUAAUAUAAAGUUCAAUGGAAAAGGGAAAACCACCUGUCAGUUUAGCACCCAUAGUGUUUCCUCUUCCUCCUCAUCCUCGGCCGAUAGCGGAACCACCAUCCCCUUACCACCAGACGGCGGUUGGGGAUGGGUCGUUGUGUUUGCUGCAUUCAUGAUCAAUUUGAUUGCCGAUGGGGUGUCUUUUUCGUUUGGAAUUUUGUUCAUUGAUUUCGUGGAUUAUUUUGGGGAAAGUAAAGCUAAAACCUCCUGGGUCGGUUCCAUCUUUCUUAGCAUGCCGUUGCUGGCCGGUCCCGUUGCAAGUUAUCUCAUCGAUCGUUAUGGCUGUCGGAAGAUGUGCAUCCUGGGUGCAUUGCUUUCGACCUUUUCCUUCGUCAUCAGCGUCUUCGCUGACUGCCUCGAGCUGCUCUUUCUGACCUUCUCCCUUGCCGGUCUUGGUCUCGCACUUUGCUACGUCACUUCCAUCGUAGUUGUCGCGUACUACUUCGAGAAGAAGAGGUCUCUGGCGACGGGUCUAGCUGCCUGUGGAACCGGCAUCGGCACCUUUGUGUUUCCACCCCUGACCAUUUACCUGCUGGAGGAGUACUGUUGGCAGGGCACCCUCGUCAUCCUGGCUGGUUUCUUUCUCAACAUGGUAGUGUUCGGAGCCCUAAUGCGAGAUCUGGAAUCUCCGACCCAGGAAGAGACUGCCGGUAGCGAUGGUAAACCUGAGAGUCCUGACAGUGGUGUUCUGGAGAAUUCCGAACGUCUGUGCAGCUCCAUGGUGCAGUUACCAACCUAUCUUGAGGACAACUGUCCCGAAGUCAUUUCCGAGCUGUCCAGUAAGGAAGGUACACAUCUCAAUUCUCUAUUGGAGCAGCACCCUUACAUAUUAGAUUCCAUCAUAAAGAAGGAUCCGGACGGUUCUGUUGACUCGUCUUCGGCUGUGACACAAAAUGGCAAAGAUAAAACUGCCAGCAAGAAACGGAAGAAAGUUCGCCACAGGAGUAUCAGCAAGUCCCUUCAGUCGCCCGACCAGAGAGCCAUGUCGAUAUCUGGAAAGCUUGAUGCGGCAUACCUUCGCAACUUAAAACUUCAGAGAGGCAGUAUUACUUACAGAGGAGCCAUGUUGAAUAUUCAUCGCUAUCGUUUAAAGGCAUCCAGUUGUCCCGAUAUUUUUCGCAAUAGUAUGGUUACUAUUCCUGAAGAAAAGCCAUGCCUGUUUAUUCACGACCUGAAAGAACUUAUGCUAGAUAUGUUUGACUUUAGUAACUUCAAGAAUAUCGGAUACACUAUAUUUUGUUUAUCAAACUUUUUGCUGUAUGCUUGUGUGGAUAUACCAUACGUUUAUGUACCUGAUCAUGCUAUCACUACUGGAACGGAUUUGGAGAGCGCAUCCCUACUGGUUUCAGUGCUUGGAGUUCUGAAUUGUUUAGGCGUGGUUAUCGUCGGAUAUAUCGGAGACAAACCGUGGAUUGAUCCAUCUCUUCUUUAUAGUGGCUUCAUAUUAAUUAGUGGAUUGUCACUAGUUUUAAUACCAGUAUUAAUCAACUAUUACGCCACGGCCGUUUUGGUGGGCAUCUAUGGCUUUACAAUCAGUGCGAAUUACACGCUCAUACCUGUCAUUAUUGUUAAUCUGAUAUCCCUCGACAAUUUCACGGGAGCUUAUGGACUUCUGUUGCUUGUUCAAGGUAUUGCCAGUUUAGUUGGCCCGCCUGCAGCUGGGGCAUUAUUCGACUGGACUGGAAAUUACGACAUAACAUUUUUCUGCACCGGUUUGCUUAUUGUUGUGUCUGGCGCACUAGUAAUUCCUAUGGCUAAAAGUCUUCUCUGCAGCAGCAAGGCUCCAUCUAACAGCAGCAAAGAGCUCGUUUCAUCCGAUACCCGCAAAGUAAAAUUUCAAGAACCAUUGGAUGCAGAAUCUGUAAAAUUCCUAAACGGUAAAGAGAAAACGAAAAAUCCUAUUGAUAAAUGCAUCUUUAGCUUGCAUGAAAGCCCCGACAAUGCUUGCCCCUUACUCUCUGGGAGUGAACAAAUUUCACCCGAAAAAGGAGACGAGAAAGAAAACACGAAAAUCAUUUCGAUGUAUUCCAAUCCCCUUUCUCUUGUUUGAAAUUAUUACCCUACUCAAUCGAGUGCUUUAUUUAGUAUUUUAAUUUGCUUUAAACGAUCGACGUAAUGAGCAUCUCGAAAUCUAAUGUCAGAGAUAAAUCUCUAUUAAAUGCUCCAUAUGUAAAUUUGAAAUUGAGUUAUAAAUGCUGAAGAACAUAGAAAUAAGUAUGCUUUUUGUGCCCGGUAAACGAAAUUUUUUUUGUGGUUAAAAGUUAAUUGCAAUAUAUAUGCUAACUUCUGCUAAAAAUCUGAUCUAUUAUUUUUGAUUUUAUCUAUUCACAAUAUAGAAAUUUUCUUGAACAAGAUCACAUUUCUAUGGCUCACGUGCAUUUUUAAAACCCUUUGUGUUUUCUUUUGUUGGUUUUUGAAUCUCAAUAUAAAUUCUUUUAAUUCAUCUUUUAAAUUUUCAUUUCUAAUACUUGAUUUUAUUCAUCUUCACAUUCAAGGUCACAUCUCUAAUGGCUCUCAUGCAUUUAAAAUCUUUUUGUGUUUUCUUUUAUUGAUUUUUUGAAUCUCAGUAUUAAUUCUUUUAUCUUUUCUUUCUAAUUUUCAUUUUUAAGGUUUGGUUUUGUUCAUUUUUGUGUUAAACAUUUUAAAAUUGAUACUAUGCUCUCUUUCACAUGUAAUUUUAACGUAUUUAUUUAAUAUAAAUAUGCUACAAUGUCUUGAUAUUUCCUUUAAAAACAUCACAAGGUUCAGUUAUUUCUAUAUGUUUAAAAAAAUCAUUUAAUUUUUUUAUGGUUUUUCAAUAAGGAUACAGUAUUUUAGCAAUAAAUUUAUUGUUGAAAUAUUUCUUGAUGAAACUUGUGACCUUUGUUCUUUCAGAAGGUCUCAAAUUUUUAUAAUUAUCAUGCAGUUAAAAAUUAUUUUAAGUCUGGUUUUGAUAUUUUUCCCCAUUUUAAUAAACGUAAAUAGUAUGGAAUUUCUUUUUAACAUUUGCUUAUGUUCAUAUAUAUAUAUACAACAAUGCAUUCUUUGCAAAUUAUGCAAGUAACAGUUAUUAAAACUCUCCAUGGAUUUUUUUUAAUGAACACAUUUUAUCCCAAACUAGUAAACAUAUAUU